AAUAUACUCUAUGGCUGAAGCUUUAGCUUAGGCUGAACUCUACAAAAAUUUGUUUCUAAAAUUUUGUUUGUAAUCUAAAAAAUUAAAGUAAUUGUGUUAUUUCAUUUGAAAUUUAUUGAAAAAACUUCUUACUAAAAUUUAGAAUGCUUUUUAAACCAGUAGUAUAUUAUCUUAUUUUAGAGUAAUAUAACGUUAAUGUAAUUGAGAAUGGCUGAAUAUUUAGCGGCUAUUUUCGGUACCGAAAAGGACAAAGUUAAUUGUUCUUUUUAUUUUAAAAUCGGAGCAUGCAGACAUGGCGAUAGAUGCUCCAGAAUUCAUAACAAGCCAACCUUUUCCCAGACAGUGCUUCUUCAAAAUCUGUAUGUUAAUCCACAGAACUCUGCUAAAUCUGCUGAUGGGAGUCAUUUGGUAGUGGCUAAUGUGUCAGAUGAGGAGAUGCAGGAGCAUUAUGAUAAUUUUUUUGAAGAUGUCUUUGUUGAAUGUGAAGACAAAUAUGGAGAAAUUGAGGAAAUGAAUGUUUGUGACAAUCUUGGUGACCAUUUAGUUGGCAAUGUCUAUAUCAAGUUUCGCCGUGAAGAAGAUGCAGAAAAAGCUGUUAAUGACCUAAACAACCGUUGGUUUGGUGGGCGUCCAGUUUAUGCUGAACUUUCUCCGGUGACAGAUUUUCGAGAGGCAUGUUGUCGCCAGUAUGAAAUGGGAGAAUGUACUCGUAGUGGAUUUUGUAAUUUUAUGCAUCUCAAACCCAUUUCAAGAGAAUUGAGACGGUAUUUAUAUGCCCGUCGCAAGGGCGGAAAGCGUUCCCGCUCUCGCUCCCGCGAACGCCGCCGCCGUUCCCGCUCUCGUGAACGUCGUCGUGAACCGCCUCGUAACUCUCGCGCGGGUCGGUACUAAACGAACCAUAUACCACACACAUGUGCUGUUUGCAUAGAUAAUGUUUGCAUAGACAAGGCCUCAUCUAGAUAUUACAGAUAUUCUCUAUAAACUUUGUGUAUGUUUAUAUCUGAUUAAGAUAUAUUGACUUCAACCUUGAAAGUGUUUUUCAGCAAUUGUGGUCAGCAAGAUAUGGCCACAACUAGUUAACUUUCUGAUAUAUUCAUAAAGUAUUUCUUUUUGUUAACAACAUAACAUCAUACAUUUAGACGACUCAUGAUUUUUCUUAAUAAUAAUAGAAACAUUAAUUUCUCCAUUCAAUAGUGCAAAUUGAAAGUUAAAAUUUAGUUGUUAUUUUUUCUCAGGAUUGAACUUUGUUAUAUUAAUCCUAUUAUUCUCGAUUAGAGAGUUAGUUGUUUAUUUAACCUUUAAAUUUUCAUUUAUUUUAAACAAUAUCUUGAUCAGUGUUACUUAACACAUGGGGUAUGACCAACUCGUAGGUUCCAUUCUGGGUGAUAUGAUUGUGAAAAGAAAUUGUUGAUAAACUAAAGAAAUACUUUAUAUCCCAUCUGCAAAAAUUAUUUAAUAAAAUCAUAAUAAACAGUUCAAAAUAAUGUACAGAUAUUGUUAAUAAGGGCAUGUGUGUGGAUACAAUUUAAUUACUAUAGCAACAUUGCUAAUAUUUUACCUUAUUUUCAAAAAUCAUAAUGUCCAAUAUGAAAACUUUGAAAUAUGUUCAGAGUUAAAGGACAGCUAUUUAAAUAAGGUAAAAAGUUUACGUAUUACUUUGAAUGCAAUUAUUUUUUAUGUGGAAUAGACGAAGAUUUAAACUUUUGUACGGCUCGCUACUCAUUAGUGAGGACUAGGUUUACAAGAUUUUCAAAUUAUAAGUAUCAUUCCUAA